UUGGCUGAAAUAGAUACGGUUAGGCUAGCGGCUCUGCUCGCUCACCACUACGGCCAAGUCAGCAAAACAAUUCAAAGAGCGCCGAUGAGUUUCUUCUGAUUCACACUUUACGGCUAAUCGAAUAUCCAGUAUGUCGUUCUAAUGAAUGGUGCACUACUCUGUCCUUCUUUCGACCCUAUAGCUUGCUAGAAACAGUAACGUACAACAAAUGGGAUCGCUAGCUGGUUAGCUUGCACACUAGCAGAGCAUCACACAGCACCGGCUCCGAGUGCGAUCAUCAUCAUUAUUCACCUGAGUCCGUCCAGCCUGGCCCAGCUCAAAACUCUGUUGGACCAGUUCAUACGCUAGACAGACAUGUAUCAGCUCCCUGUGAACAACCUCACCAGGAUUCGGAGAGCCAGGAGGCAGGUGAAGAAAGCACUUGGUGACAUUGGGCUAGAAUACUGUAAAGAGGCGGCGGAGGAGUUCAAGGAGUUUUGCCCUAAUGAGCAAUAUGUCAAAGGAACUCUUUGCCUUGAGAUUUCCUCAUGGGACCCAUCAUACUCCAAAACACAGGAAUAUCGAUCCAAGCCAUUUUGCUGCACAGAGUGUCCAUUUUCUUCCAAAUACUACUCAGGCUACAAGAACCACUUUCGCAAUGUACACAGGCAGAAUUUUGAGAACAGCAUCCUGCUUAACUGUCCAUACUGCACCUUCACUGCGAGCAAGAGAACGAUGGAGACUCACGUGAAAAUAUUCCACAUACCGAGUUCAACUCGGCAGAACUACGGGACCAUCCAGGGCGCUGCGGUGGCCCAGAAGGACAAAGUAUGGCCAGACAAAGCUAAACAGGGAGACAAUGUGGAGAAAGCAAUGUACUUUUGCAAAAAAUGCACUUACCGGGACCCUCUAUAUAACAUUGUAAGACGACACAUUUACAGGGAACAUUUUCAGCAUGUGGUCUCCCCCUACCUUGGCAUGGUUUCUGAGUCAUCAGUCAAAAAUGGUGCAAAUUCUGUCAAUGGCAACAACAUCCUAUGUAAGCGCUGCCAGUUUUCCACACGAAGCUACGAGGCAUUAGUGCAGCAUGUGGUUGAGUACCACGAACGCAUUGGCUCUCAAGUCACAAGCAUGAUUGGGCAUGCCAAUGUUAUGGUUUCCAGGUCUCAAGCCUUCCCUGGAAUGUCACAGAAACCCUCCAUAGUGGCAUCCGCGGGCCGUAGCUUAACUUCUGAGCAAAUAGGCCACAUGAUGCGUGGCAACUUAAAACAGGGUCCCUCACUUCUUAAAAAUCAAUCUUCCAUUGCUGGACAUCCGGGGCGUGUCUCAAUUCCUGGAAGUAGCGCCUUGGCUGAAAGCACAUCUUCUGCUGUGAACACAUCCCAAACACAGAAGUGGAAGAUAUGCACUGUAUGCAAUGAGCUUUUUCCAGAAAAUCUCUAUAGUGCUCAUUUUGAAAAGGCACAUAAAGCAAAGAAAGUUUGGGCGAUGGCCAAAUACAUAAUGAAGAUCCACAACUUCACCAGCAAGUGCUUGCUUUGCAAUCGAUAUCUGCCCAGUGAUACAUUGCUUAACCACAUGUUAAUCCACGGGCUCACCUGCCCUCAGUGCCAUUCUGCUUUCCACAACGUUGAGAAGAUGAUUGAGCAUGUCAAGCAGGUUCACCCAGACGACUAUGUUGGGCCUACGGCUACAUCCCCGUUAACCUUUGACCUCACCAUCAAACAAGACAAGUCUAACAACAUACAGCUUGUUGUAAUCACAUUUAACAUGAAGGAGUCCAUCAAUGGUCAGGAUCCAACUGCAUCUGCUCAGAGCAGCAGUCCCCCUUUGGUUAAAGUAACCGUUCCUAAGGUGAUGGACAGGAAAGGAGAGGCACAUGCUAGAAAUCCAACGGCUCUAACUGACAAGAGUGAGGUGGGUAAGACCCUCUGCCCGCUGUGUUUCACCAUCCUUAAGGGCCCCAUCGUCCAUGCCCUCGCCCAGCAUCUACGGGAGCGACACCAAGUGCUCCAGACGAUGCACCCGGUGGAGAAAAAGAUGACAUACAAGUGCAUACACUGCCUUGGGGUGUACACAAGCAACAUGGUGGCCUCCACGAUCACCUUGCAUCUUGUGCAGUGCAGGGCAGUGGGCCGGUCCCAUGCAGGCCAGGGCAUGAAGUCUGCCCUGACUCUGAACUCCUCUGGUGCCGGGUUCCUGAAGAGACGGCUACCCACUCCGACCACAUCAGACCCCAAGAGGUUCAAACUAAACGAUUCGAAGACGACCUCUGCUGCACCCGGGCCCCGGGAUGAUGCAGAUCUCGUGCUGGAUCCUAGAAGUUACGAACAUAAGACGUAUGAGGCCCGUAAAGCCUUCCUCACAGCCUACUUCAACAAGCGCCCUUACCUCUCUCUCAAAGAAGAGGAGAAGCUGUCCGCUAGUCUAUGGCUCUGGAAGUCGGACAUUGCCAGUCACUUUUUAAACAAACGGCGGGUGUGUGAGAGCGACUGUGAGUCAAAGAAAUCUUCUGUGCUGCUUGGCUUUGACAUGCAGGCCCUCAAGAAAAUAAAGCAUGACAUGACAUUCGAGGAAAUCAAACUGGCUGGUACCUCACGCAGACCCGGAGGCCUCAAGUCCGGCACCCCAUCCAUGCACCAAAACAAACAAUGUGAGGCAAUUAACUGUACACUAAAGCUUAGUACAUAUACAGAGACCAUAUCCAUUGACUCGGACAGUGAACCAGAAAUAGAGGAGGGUGUAGUUGAGAAUGUCGAUGACGACAUUCCCAGUGAGGACGUCCAAGAGGUAACGAAAGAAAUCCAGAGCACUACAGAUGGGACUUCCAGAGGGGAGACAAACAAUUUGAAUGAUGGGAAAGCAAAUACUUUGGUAGCACUGUGUUAGUGUCCGUGCUCUGAAGUGUGCCUUGAUUCAGUCCUUUGAAUUUGUGUGAGGAUGGCUGGUGGAGAAAGGUUUCAACAACAGCAACAUUCAGAAUUCAGAUAUUUGGGCUAAUGGCAUGGUACAUGGAAAUACUGUAACAACUAAUACUGACCUUCAUACCAGUAUUGAGAGAGAAAUCAAGCUAUAUUAUUGUGCAAAAAAUUGUAUGGCUUCUGUAAGUGGCAUAAUUUGUGACAUUGUAAAUAAUUUAGGCAUUGUACUUUGUUAGACUAUACAUAUGUUCACUGUUGCUCAUUAGUUCACUGAUUUAUGAAACAAUUUUCCCAAUUUGAUAUUCUUUUUUGUCAUUGUGAAAUGUAACUGUAUUGACAUUUCACUCAUAGAAAAUGUAGGAUAUGCUAAUUGUCUAUGUACACGUUUAAAUAAAUAAGCUUAUUUCCUAAAAA